AUGUUUCUCACUUUCGCAAUUAUCGGCUUUUUAAUAAAAGAAUCCUUACUACUAAAAAUUGUUAGAGUGGCAGUACCGUCGUAUAAAGUAAGAGGUCAGCCCGCUCAGUUAGAUUGUGACUACGAAUUAGGGGAUGAUAUACUAUAUUCAGUGAAAUGGUACAGAGAUAACGAAGAGUUUUAUCGCUACAUGCCCAAGUAUGAUCCACCUAAACACGCAUAUAAGUUAGACGGAAUCAAAGUUGAUCUGUCAAAAUCUGAUGAUCGCCGAGUGUUAUUACAUCCUGUCACAUUGAAAUCAACUGGGCAAUAUAGAUGCGAGGUGUCCGCAGAAGCGCCUAGUUUCGCAUCUGCAGCUGGUGAAGGCCGAAUGGAAGUUAUAUAUUUGCCACGAGAAGGACCACGAAUAACUGGCAACCAACAAGAGAAUAGAAGAGGUGACUCCAUGUUUUUGAAUUGCACAUCGGGCCGCUCCUACCCGGCGGCAAUUCUCAGUUGGGAUAUUGACGGUGAAAAGGUGACUGAUGCAACACUUCUUGUCGAAUAUCCUCCUAUACAACAUCAGCAUGGCCUGGUGUCUACAGCAUUAGGGCUGCGCGUACCUACAGGAAGGACAAUGCAAGUGAGAUGUACUGCUAGAGUAGCGCCUUCGUGGAGAGAAGGCAGCGAAGCAGUAAUUGGUAACAGUCAACUUGCUGAUAGCAAGGAAGCUAUGCUACUUGUGAAAAGUUCAAGCGGAGGGUCUUCAUUAAAUGUAAUGCUGUUAACACUUUCCUUUAUCCUACUUCUCAGUUCCUUAAUGCAAUUAGAAACG